AUGGUAAAGCCAACCCUCGUCGUUACGCUACUACUCUGCGCCUUAGAAGCGGUCCGUUGUUUCAAACUGCCGAUUCAAGGAGCUAAAAGGAACAUUAGGAGGUCGUACGUAACACGCGCAACAGAUGAUGCAUCACUGCUUGAAAUCGACCAGCAAAACGUAGAAAAGGUUUUAGACUUGAUAAGACCGCAAAUCGAAAAUGAUGGAGGAAAACUGACCCUAGUAGGCAUAGAUGAUCACGAUGUUCAAAUACAGGUAAGUGGUGCGUUCCGAUCAACCAUACAAGUGCGUAGUUCGAAGGAGCCUGCAAGACAUGCCCAUACCGUAUGCAAACUGUCAAACACGUAA